GAGGGAGCAGGCCCAUAAGUAUUCACAAAAUUAAUAAAAAGAGUCCAAAGUUCAUUGUGCCCUCUUCCUCCGCACUUCAACCAUGAUCUCAACCCACGACCAUCGACGGACCAUCUCUGACUCCGAUUCUAAUUCCGACGAUGACAACACCGGAUCUCAAUCCCUCCGUCAUCUUGAUCUCUCUGAUUCCGUUUUCAAAGCCUAUUUCGAAUUCACCGGCCGAUCUACCACUACCGCUGACUUAUCUAAGAUCCAAUCCUUCCUCACCUCCUCCUCCUCCGGCGCAUUGUCUUGUUUGAUAUGCCUCGAACGCAUCCGCCUCACGGACCCCACAUGGUCCUGUUAUUCUCUCUGUUUUGACGUUUUUCAUCUCUUUUGUAUUCAGAGUUGGGCUCGCCAGGCUUCGGAUUUGGCCGCUGCGCGAGCUGCCACACGCUCUCUUGUCUCCCCCGAUAAGCCUGACGAGCACUCUGGGUGGAACUGCCCCAAAUGUAGAGUUGAGUAUUCCAAAUCUUCAAUUCCUAAGAAGUACUUUUGUUUCUGUGGGAAAUUGGAAAACCCACCAAGCGAUGAUCCUUGGAUUUUACCCCAUUCAUGUGGUGAGGUAUGCGGCAGGCCAUUGAAACACAACUGUGGUCAUCAUUGCUUGCUCUUGUGCCACCCCGGUCCUUGCCCCUCAUGUCCAAAGAUAGUGCAGGCUAGUUGCUAUUGUGGGUCCGUUCGGGACGCUCGACGAUGUGGGUUUAAGAAUUUUUCUUGUAACAAUAUCUGCUCCAAAGUGUUGGAUUGUGGUAGGCACAAGUGCGCGGAGAUUUGCCAUGAGGGUUCUUGUCCGCCGUGUCGUAUUCAAGGUGUAUUUAAAUGUCAAUGUGGGAAGACUGUGGAGAAAAGGGAAUGCUGGGAUCGGAAUUUUCGGUGUGAGAUAGAGUGUAAUAAACUGUUGGGAUGUGGGAAACAUUCGUGCAAUGAAGGGUGUCACUCUGGAGAGUGUGGCCAGUGUCCGUUUAAGGGGAAACGAACGUGCCCCUGUGGGAAAAAGGCGUAUGAAGGAAUACCUUGUGAUGUUGCUGUAUCACUUUGUGGGGCUACAUGUGAAAAGAUGCUUCCUUGUGGCUAUCAUAGGUGUCCAGAGCGAUGUCACCGCGGCCCAUGUAUUGGAACUUGCAGAACUGUUGUCUUCAAGUCCUGCAGGUGUGGAAGCUUGAGGAAAGAGAUUCCUUGUUAUCAAGAUUUGGCAUGUGAGAGGAAGUGCCAGAGAAUGCGAGACUGUGGACGCCAUGCUUGUAGACGCCGCUGCUGUGACGGUGACUGCCCGCCCUGCUCAGAGAUUUGUGGCAGGAGGUUGCGAUGUAAAAACCACAAAUGUCCCUCCCCAUGUCAUAGAGGUCCUUGUGCUCCUUGUCCAGUGAUGGUAACGAUAUCGUGUGCGUGUGGCGAGACACACUUUGAGGUUCCUUGUGGCACUGAGAUGGAUCAGAAGCCUCCAAAAUGUCCUAAACGAUGUCCUGUCCCACCUCUAUGCAGCCAUAGAUCAAGUCUAAAGCCACACAAAUGCCAUUAUGGAGCUUGUCCCCCAUGUCGCAGAAUUUGUGAAGAAGAAUAUUCAUGUGGGCAUAAAUGCCAAUUGAGAUGCCAUGGUCCCAAGCCUCCUCCUAAACCAGAGUUCACAUUGAAACCAAAGAAAAAGAAAGCGUUUCAUCCAGAGGAACCUAGUCCUGGUUCUCUAUGUCCUCCGUGCCCAGAAUUAGUGUGGCGACCGUGUUUGGGUCAACACAUUGGUGCUGAGAGAAUGAUGGUUUGCUCAAAUAUUACACAAUUUUCUUGUGAUAAUUUAUGCGGAAAUCCUCUUCCCUGUACCAAUCAUUAUUGUACCAAAAUUUGCCACGCGCUCAAGAGCCAACCUCCAUCAUCAUCCCGAAAAGACUUGAGCGAGUCUUGCGAAAAGUGUAAACUUCCUUGUGAAAAGGAGAGGAAGCCAAAAUGUGCACAUCCAUGUCCCGUAAAAUGCCAUCCUGGAGAUUGUCCUCCCUGCAAAGUGCUUUUAAAACGUUCGUGUCACUGCGGUACAAUGGUCCAUGUUUUCGAGUGUAUGUACUACAUUACUCUGCCUCCUGAGGAGCAAAUGGCUGUAUUGUCCUGCGGUGGACCUUGCCACAGAAAGUUGCCCCACUGCACACAUCUGUGUUCUGAAACCUGUCAUCCUGGGAAAUGCCCGUCACCCGAAAAUUGUUCGAAAAAGGUUACGGUUCGUUGUGGAUGCCAAACCUUGAAAAAGGAGUGGUUGUGCAAGGACGUACAAGCAGCUUAUAGCAAAACGGAUCGUGACCCGAAAGACAUACCGAAAACCCAAUUUGGGUAUGGCCUUUUACCUUGUGGUUCCGAUUGCAAACGUAAAAUACAGGUUGUUGAGUCAGAAUUAUCUCAACGGAAACCUGAAGUCGCCGGGGUAAAGGAGGCUGAUACCAAGAAGCAAGUAUCAAAGCGAAAGAGAAGGCGUGACACGAUACAAGAAGUUAAGCCGAUCUCGAGACUACAGAAAUUGUUUGGAGCAUUGAAGUAUACUCUUGUAAUAAUGGUCAUCAUGAUUGCUGUGGUCUUGAUAUCCUUGUAUGGUUACAAGGGCCUGUUAUGGCUGAAUGACUGGAUGAACGAAGCUGAAAAGCAAAGACCAAGAAGGAGAUACCCUCGAAUCUAAUGUUUCAACCUCCUUCCUAAUUAGCAUCACAGGAACUUACAUAUUUGAGUUUGUAAAAAUAGAUAUUAUUAGC